AGAAAGAGAGAGAGAGGAUCUGUGAUUUCGCGCCGAGAGGAUAUCCUGCCUUGUACCUUUUCGCAAUUAGUUCCGUCGAUAAACAAAUCAUAAAGCAGUCUGUAACACUUGUUCCCUUAUCUUUUUUUGCAAAGUGAUUUAUUUUUCCAGGCGGCGUCUUGAUAAAAUACACGGGACCGAAGUGAUUCAACAGUAUCUAUCCAGUCUGAUGAGAAGAAAUACGUAGAGAUCAUAUUAAAUUCUAAAAGGACUCAGUUUUCGCGUAUUAAGAAUAAGCCCAUCAGAAUCUUUUCGGAAUUAUUUGUAAAACAACAUGUUCAAGAAGAAGCCUAAAGAAAUACCAGAACUGAAACCGAAUGAAAAAGUGACUCGUACUGUGGUAACAGAGACAGUCGAAAAAACAGGUGGGGUACAAACAACUAGAACUACAAUCACAUGCAGCGAAGCUAAUUUAGAUUCAGCUUUCAAAAGACUAAAUCUCGAUCCUGAAAAGUUUCACUCUGGUGGAACACAAGUCACCAAAAGGAUAGUCUACACCAACAGUUCUGGAGCUAAAGAAGUGCUAGAAGAAACGGUUGAAGACUAUGAAUGAUCCCGACAAAUUAAAAAGUGCCCAGGCUAAAAAAGAAGAGGACAAAUCCUUUCUAAAGAAGCUGGGUUUGAGUGGCAGCAAAUCUUCAGCUACACCAACGAAGACUUCUACCCCAGCUGGAAAUUCCACAAAAAAUGAGAAUAAAGCACAUACAGUAGUCGCAAAGCCAGGGAAAUUCGAAGACGAAUGUUUACGAGCUCAUAAUGAGUACAGAGCUAAACAUGGUGUGCCAAGUUUAACACUUUCCAAAGAGAUUUGCUCUUAUGCCAAAGAAUGGGCAGAUCACCUUGCAGCAACGGAUCGUUUCGAACACAGGAGAGAAAGAAAAUACGGAGAGAAUAUUUUUAUGAAAUGGAGCUCAGACCCCAACCACGUAGUGGCAGGUAAUGAAGCUGUAGACAGCUGGUAUAGUGAGAUAAAAGAUCAUACAUUUGGUGUAGAGCCUCGGAGUCUUAAAUCAGGUCAUUUUACGCAAGUGAUAUGGAAAGAAAGCAAGCACAUGGGUGUUGCUUGGGCAAGAAGCAAAAGUGGAAAAAUUCUCGUCGUUGCCAAUUAUGAUCCAGCAGGAAACUUUAUUGGAAAGUUUUCCGAGAAUGUUCCGCCACCAAAAAUGUGUCCCCAAAAGGAGGUAUCACAGCAAUCAAGACAACCAGAGACACCCACAACAUCACAAGACAACCCUAGUAUUACUGCAAUUAACAUGAUACAUGAUAAAUCUUCAAGUUCACUCCAAAGGAUUUCAGUUCUUCGGUUCGGCAAGAUGAUGAGCAGUGUCACUUAUAGUUCAGGAUUUCGUUCUCAGUACGGAAACCUCUUAAAUGUCUCAAAUCAUCUUUAUACUGAACAGAAAUCCGAUUUGAUUGAAAAAGGCGAUGAUUUUGCGCUAGAAUGUCUUCGAAGUCAUAAUCGUUAUAGAGCUCAACAUGGUUGCCCUCCAUUACACCUUUCUGCUGAGGUUUCAGCAUUCUCGCAAGAGUGGGCGGACAAACUUGCGAGGGAAGAUCGAAUGUACCACAGUCAUAACCCAAAAUAUGGAGAAAAUUUAUUUGUCACUUAUAUGAGCGACAACUCCCGUCCUAUGGCUAAAGGAACUGAAGUGGUAGAUUCGUGGUAUUCAGAGCAUGUAUUUUAUCCCUACAGUGGACAGGUUACGAGAGAAAUAGUCAUGAAAGCAGGUCAUUUCACUCAAGUCAUAUGGAGGAACAGCAAAGAAAUGGGCAUCGGGAAAGCUGUAAGCAGAAGAAACAGGAUUUAUGUAGUGGCCAACUACUAUCCAGCAGGAAACGUUCUAAAUAAGUUCACAGAUAAUGUUCCACGAAAGAUGCAUACCAGCUACGACAGCAGAAGAUACUCCAGGAGAAUAUUUACAAGAACACUCGACUUUCAGCAUCAAGUCUCAUAUCAUAAUUAGUAUCUUAUCAUCAAGUUUGAAUAAUUUUAUAUAUUCUAAUAUACGGGUUCCUUCACUAAUUCUGGAGAUAAUAUUUGAUAAGACAUAAAUUACCACAGUUUCCGAAUUAAAACUCAUUUUGUGUUUAGAUAUAAAGCAAAAAGCUUGAAUUUUUAUCAAACAAAACCUGAAAUAUCUGUAGCUGAAACGUACUUUAGAGAACAUUCUUAAAAACUGCUGUUAUGCUUUAGUUGCGCAUCUUCAGAAUAAUCCCUCACAGGAGACAAAAACUUGGUUUUACUUAAUGUAAUCAAAAUAUAGUGUAACUUACGAUCCCCAAUAGCGAACGCUACAUCCUUAUUCAUUACUAAAUACAAUACUUCCUUUUUAUAUAUCCAUCAAAUGUGCAGAUGUUUCAAAGAGAUUGCACAACUGAAUGAUUCGUCAGAGACUCAAGCUUCCAAUCUAAGAAAUGAAAUGAAUAAUACAACUGGUUAUAGACUGCAAAUAAAUUUGAGCAUGGGCCACCAUUUUAUAAAAAUAUUCAAAAUUGUGAUUGCAACAAAGAAAAUUCCAGUUAGUAUGUUAGUUCUCACCCCAUUAAAGGUCUUUUAAAAUAAUCUAGUUCUAUAAUAUGCAGUAUUGACCUAAAUAAACUGUUAUAAUUUUAUAAUAAGCUAUUUUUACCUAACAUGAAAAGGGCAGAGUUAUCAGUUAAAAAAGACAUAUCUAAAUUACACUGGAUAUAACAUUUGAAAUUUUAACAUUUCAAUAAAUGGGAAAAUGAAAUGAAACCUAUGCUCCUACCUAAUGUUUGUCUUAAAGAAAAUUAUCAUAGAAAUUUGCAUUAGAAUAUUUACGCACAUAGCUGACGUUAGCAAUGUUAAUAAUAUUGUAACGUAAGUACGGGUUCGUAAUGCAUUGAAUGCAUACACAACCGAUGAAAGCUUGAUGAAAUUUUAUUAAUAAACCCCUUACCAUUCUGGAACUUUUCACAGAAAACUACUCGUACAGCUCUUUUAAAGUAUGACAGGACACAGUCAGUCGUUACCACUUCAGACUACUAAAAACGUUGAAAACAAGACAGUGUAAAGCAGAUCAAAAAGCAAAAAACCCGUACGGUGAUUUUUCAAUAAUCUGAAGUCAAUGCUCUGAACUAAACUGAAAACUGAUGUCCAUAUACAACUCAUUCUCAUAUAUAAAUUUCCCUCGUCUGCCGAGAAAUUUCCAGUACCUUCGAUUUCUCAAAAUUUUUGGAAGGAAUACACAGUCGGACGAGUUACAGUUACAUAGGGAUCGAAACAAACGUUGCCAAAUGAACGCCAUUUUGGCGACUUCUGGCAAUUUCUCGCCAAAUUUGGCGUUACAAAUUAAUUGCCAUAGCCAUCGUCAGAUUGCUGCUAUCAUGCCAAUUUGGUAAGAGGGACAUUUACCGCCUUGUAACCCUAUUUUUCCGAUGAUGCUUCGCAUUUUUAGGCCUUUCAUGUUACAUUAUACAAGAUACAGUAGAACUCCAAUUAUCGGAAUCAAUGCGAACUGGCUCCUAUUCGGAUAAUCAAAAAUUCGAAAAAUUGGAUUUUUCCAGAAGAAAAGUCUACGUACACUUUAAUUAAUUACUGUACGUUGAAAAUUGGAGGAAAAAAAACUAUUUUUUAAGAAAAAGAGGUUUCAAUUAAUUAAAAUGAAAAAGGCAACACUUUUACAUACAUGUUAUAUAACGUACUGUACAGUACUUACAAUUGCUGAAAGUCAUUGCUUACUGAAUAUCUCGGUCAAAGUAGGCUGUUUGACUGUGUUCACCCAUUUUCGGGCAGCCAAGUCAAAGAAAGUCUAUGACAAUGAGAAGUUGCAUGUGGUCACACUCGAGCUGACACUCCAUCCACUUCAACGCAGUUCCAAGGCUGUCAAACGCUUCACUAGUUGAUGGUCCAGUGUCUGCUUCAACUUCGACAUUAGGGUCAUCAUCUUCCUCAACAUUUCUUCUCUCACACUCUCAAUGAGUUCAUCAUCAUUUAGAAUUUGAAACUCAGAGUCACACACCAUCCAUUCUGCUGUAUCCUCAGCACUAACUUCUGAACAUCCAGGUAUUUUAAAACGAAUAUUUCUUAAUUCCUCAACUGACACAUCAUCCUCGUCUUCUCCUGUCUCUUCCUUUUCCUUUUCUUGAGCUUUUUUUCCUUUUUCUCCUUUUCCUUCUAUUCUUCAGCUGAUUCUGAAAAAUUCUGAAAGCGAUUCGGAUAGUCGGAGUUCGGAUAAUUGGAGUUGUACUAUACUACAAUUCACGUAUAAUUUCACUAAUAUUAUUUCCCUGUAUACGAAAUUCGUAACAGUUAAUCUUUAGCAAUACUCAUGAUUAAUUCACAGUAAUUCGGUUAGUUUUGAACUUAUAAGUCUCCUCCCUUUUUAAUAAAGGCGAGCACUAAUUUAAUUGAGAAAAGUAGUUUUAUAAUUGACAUUUAUUUCUCCGUUUGAUCUUCAUAAAAUUUUAAGUUUCACAUAUUUUUAUUAAAACGUAUUGUGCGAUUAAAAUUAUUAUUAAAAGAAAUAUAAUCUGAAAAUCGAAUCUUAUUUAUUUUUUAGUAAAUUUAAGCUAUAGAUUAAACUUUAUAUAUUUAGUCCUUAUCUAUUUGAAACAUCCUGCAUAUCUAUAUUCUUAGAAAUGCUUCUAAGGGGGAAAAAUUAUCUUAUCGUUCUUGAAAUAAAUAUAUUUGCUGUACUUAAUUUUAAAAAAAAUAUAUAAAAUACAUUUGAAAAAGUUACAGUAAUCAUGCUUCAUGAAGUUUUAGUUUUUUGUACAUAUCUCGUAGCAGUUCAAUGAAAUUCUGAUUGGGAAAUGUUGGAAUACAAUGAUGAUACAUUUUGGACCACCGUUAUUUAUUAAUUUUUAUAGUGUAUACUUAUUUUUCCAUAUGAUAUACCUCAUAAUUUUUUACCGCAAAGUUAUUUUGCAUAUAAUUUAUAUAAUAGUAUUUAUUAAUUGAGAGUUUUCUGUGGACGAUAUGUUUUCAAUGCUGUAUUUUUGCAUGACUGUGCUGAUAAGAGAAAAACAAUUUUCCCGUUUUUUUUUUUUUUUUUUCCUUCCAUUGUGUUCACCAACAGUCUUAGAGGAUCUGCGUGAAUGUGAAUGUAAUGUGGGUAAAAUUAAAUAAAAGCCUCUAAAUUGAGGUUUCUAGUUUAAUUAGUUUGUUGUUGUUAUAUGUUAGAAUUUAUAAGCUACUCACACUGCCAUGAGAAGAUUUAUGUUUGAAUUGUAUUCCGUUGUAAUCGAAGAAAUGUUUAUAUUCUAAUAAAUUACUUUGUUUGUUUUAGA